AUGGGUUGUAAAAAAUCAAAACAACAGGUUAAUUAUCGCCAAUAUAAGACUGAAAAUCCCACUGUUUUCGAAGAUUUAAGUAAUGAAGUUAUAUACGAAUUAUUUGAUUAUCUUUCAUAUUAUGAUAUUACCUGUGCUUUUGGUAAGUUGAAUGAACGUUUACAACAUCUUAUAGAUACUUAUUCACAUUAUGUAAAUCUUCAACAACAUACAAAAGCUGAUACACAAAUAUUUCCUCAAUUUCAUGUCUUUCUUCGGUUUAUAAUUUAA